ACACUUUAGUUUCAAUUCAAGACAAACCAGAUGCUUUCAGCAUUUUAAUAGCAAAUUCAAGGCAGCCUUUGCUUCCUCGUCAUUGUAAUGAGCGAAAAGCAUUCGUAAAUCGUAUUGCAACUGCUCUUUGGUAUAUUAAUUCACAUCUUUCAACACUAAGUGCACGUUCAUAUCAUUUACCAGCUCUUUUUGCACAGUUGAAAACGUAUCAGGAUAGUAAAUCAUAUGAUGAUUCUCUUGAGAUUUCUAUAAGUCAACCAUGGGCGAGUAGUGAUAGGUGGAAUCAAGUAAUGCCUGCAGUUCUUUCUUUAAUUGAAAUUUUGAAAAAAUAUUCGGACUAUUUAAUUGCAACAACUGCUAGUAUGAAUGAACUUCAUCAUAGCAAUGAAAGUGCCCGUAGUCCUGGAAAUAAUAGUACCAUGUACCGAGUUAGUGCUUGUGAACCUCAUCAACUUAAAGAUGAAUAUGUUCAAUUGGACGAUCUAUUAUCUGAAAAAUCAUUUUACGAACAUAUUGAAAUUCAACAAUAUCUUCCAGACGAUGCUAUAAGCUGA